CGAAUUUCCGCCCGGAACUCUAAUUCCAGAGGAAAUUUUGGAGAAACGGAUGGCAGAAAUUGAAAUGGAGCAGUCCUUUGAAGCACUUACUUUGAAGGUGCAGAAGGCGGAGGAGGAACGCAGAAGAAGAGAGGAGUUGGAAAGGGAAAUUGCAGCAAAGAGGGGUCAUCUUCAAGAUCAUGGAACCGAUCAACAGUUGGGUCGUCUCAGCUUCAAAAUUUUGUAUGUAUUACCAUUAUAA